AUGCUCAUCGCCUUCCUAUUGGCUCUUCUCGCCGCCGCCGCAUUCUGCCAAGACUGCACAUCGUCAAGAGAUCAAGGCGAGACGUGCAAUCAGAGCUCACCGUCUCGCCAAUUCUACUAUGACACAAGAAUGAAAGUUUGUCAGCCAUUUCAAUAUUUUGGUUGCGGUGGGAAUCGAAAUCGAUAUGGAACAUCAAAAGAAUGUCGAGAUGCUUGUCAGACGAAGAAGCCCGCCGUCGGCGCUGCUUCAAGCACUUCAUCGAACACCACCGAUCCCAAUCAUCCGCCGUUCGUGCCGCAAGGCGAUCGUCACGAUCAAUGGCGAAAAGCCGAAAUUUGCGGCUCCAACUAUUUGAUACCAAAUGGCGAAUAUAUUUUGUGCACCAAUAAUCAACCAUGCCCAGCUUAUCAUACAUGUGUCAGUGGAGCGUGUUGUCCUGAGAAAAAUUAUGUUUGCUCAUUGCGUGAUGAUAAUGGAAAUUUCCAAAAUGGAAUUGAAGAUAGGCCAAGAUUUGCAUGGAAUCACGACGUCCACAAUUGUGUCCGCUAUAGCUACUACGGCGCCAAUGGCAACUACAACAAUUUUCCGAAUUUCCAAUCAUGCGUCAAAUAUUGUCAAUCGUCUAGUCGAAUUGUUCUCUAG